CUCUACGUGGUUUGAGCGAGCCUCCAUGCUGGUGAUCCUGCUAAACUGUGUCACCCUGGGGAUGUUCCAACCCUGUGAGGACCACACCUGUGAGUCAGAACGAUGCAAGAUCCUGGAGGAUUUUGAUGACUUUAUCUUUGCGUUCUUUGCGGUGGAGAUGGUCAUCAAGAUGGUGGCGCUGGGCAUCUUCGGCAAGAAGCGUUAUCUAGGAGACACCUGGAACAGACUCGACUUCUUCAUCGUGCUGGCCGGGAUGCUGGAGUAUUCUCUGAACCUGCAGAAUGUCAGUUUCUCGGCAGUGAGAACAGUUCGAGUUCUGAGACCCCUCCGAGCCAUCAACAGAGUGCCUAGUAUGCGUAUCCUGGUGACCCUGCUCUUGGACACCCUGCCCAUGCUGGGGAACGUCCUGCUGCUCUGUUUCUUCGUCUUCUUCAUCUUCGGCAUCGUGGGUGUUCAGCUGUGGGCGGGUCUACUGAGGAACCGCUGCUUCCUGCCCGAGAAUUUCUCACUUCCUCUGUCCAUUGAACUAGAGACCUACUACCACACAGAGAACGAUGACGAGAGUCCCUUCAUCUGCUCCAUGCCCAGGGAGAACGGAAUGCGCCUGUGUUCCUCUGUGCCCACCCUGUAUGACGAGGGAGGUCUCCAGUGUCAGAUGGACAUGAAGUCCUACAACAGCACAGACAACACCACCUGUAUCAACUGGAACCAGUACUACAGUAACUGCUCGGCGGGACACAUCAACCCCUUCAAAGGAGCCAUCAACUUCGAUAACAUCUGCUACGCCUGGAUCGCCAUCUUUCAGGUGAUCACUCUGGAGGGAUGGGUGGACAUCAUGUACUUUGUGAUGGAUUCUCACUCCUUCUACAACUUCAUCUACUUCAUCCUCCUCAUCAUCAUUGGAUCUUUCUUCAUGAUCAACCUGUGUCUGGUCGUCAUCGCCACCCAGUUCAGUGAGACCAAGCAGAGGGAGAGCCAGCUGAUGAGGGAACAGCGCAUCCGUUUCCUGUCCAAUGCUAGUACCCUGGCCUCCUUCUCUGAGCCGGGCUCCUGCUACGAUGAGCUGCUCAAACUCCUGGUCCACGUCAUCCACAAGGGGUUCAGGCAGGUGGCCCAUGUCUGCCGGGCCAUGAUGCGCCGUGCGGGGAUGAACAUCGCAGCCUCUCCUCCUGCCCUGGAGAGAGAGAGGGAACGGGGGAGCCAGAGAAAGAGGAGGAAGACUUCGAGACAGGGUUCUGUGGUCUCCACAAAAGGGGCUAUGUCCGUUCAUUACAUGGUUCACCAACAUCACCAUCAUCAUUAUCACUAUCACUUAGUGAACGGGAGUGUGAGAGGAAGACUAGGGGGGAGAGGGGUGGCGGGGGUCGGGGUCGGAGGGGGGGAAGUGGAGAUGGGUUCCCAUAGUAACAACGGGGGCACUGGACGUCUCAUGCUGGGUCCUCUUCAGUUGCCGACCUCUGACCUGAACUUGGCAAACCCAGUGUCACCGGCCAAUCCCGCUCUGGGAACCGGCAGUGGCAACUCGUCAUCAGUGCGGAGUACGUUACACACAGACUGCCACCUGGAGCCCAGCACCCCCACACUCCUCGCCCCCACCCCCUUCUCCCUGGCCCCUACGCCCAUGUCCAGGCCUAUGAAGAGGAACUCGGUGCCGUUCGCUGGUCCCAGACCUAAAAACUACCCCACCCUACAGCCCAGCACGCUAAUGGAGUUUAGAAGUGGCAGUGUUACAGCUAAUACCAUUAGUAAUAUAAACCUCAAUAUACCCCCUCUACCCCUGGAGAGAGGACCACCGAGUGUGUUAGACGCACACACACCCACAGCCCAGCUCUCACCACAUGACCCGAGUGCCAUCGGAACCCUGGACCCCUCGUUCACCCUUGACCCCGAGUCGUGCCCCUACUGUGUCAAGGCUCUGUCCGGGGAGUCAGAAGGAACAGACGGAAACGAGACCCCCAGGGAAUCAGACAGCGAGGGUGUCUACGAGUUCACCCUGGACCUCCACCACAGGGACCGCAGGGACCGUCGGGACAGCCGUCAGCCCAGGAAGAGGCAGCGAAAGCUGGGUACCACGGUGGGGAGAGUGGUCCGGGCCUGGAGGCUGGUGUGUGAUACAUUUAGGAAGAUAGUGGACAGCAAGUAUUUUGGAAGAGGAAUCAUGAUCGCCAUUCUGAUUAAUACACUGAGUAUGGGGAUUGAGUAUCACGAACAGCCUGAUGAGCUGACCAAUGCUUUGGAGAUCAGUAACAUAGUGUUCACCAGUCUAUUUGCCUUGGAGAUGUUACUCAAGGUGCUGGUGUAUGGCCCGUUUGGUUACAUCAAAAACCCUUACAACAUCUUCGACGGAGUCAUAGUGGUCAUCAGUGUAUGGGAGAUCGUGGGCCAGCAGGGCGGUGGUCUGUCUGUGUUGCGUACCUUCAGACUGAUGCGUGUGUUGAAGCUGGUGCGCUUCAUGCCCGCUCUGCAGAGGCAGCUGGUGGUGCUGAUGAAGACCAUGGACAACGUGGCCACCUUCUGUAUGCUACUCAUGCUCUUCAUCUUCAUCUUCAGUAUAUUGGGCAUGCAUCUGUUUGGCUGUAAGUUUGGAUCAGAGAGAGAUGGAGACACUCUACCAGAUAGGAAGAACUUUGACACUCUGCUCUGGGCCAUCGUCACCGUGUUUCAGAUCCUAACUCAGGAGGACUGGAACAAGGUUCUCUAUAAUGGUAUGGCCUCCACCACUCCUGUGGCCGCUCUCUACUUCAUCGCCCUCAUGACCUUUGGGAACUACGUCCUCUUCAACCUUCUGGUGGCCAUUUUGGUCGAGGGCUUCCAGACUGAGGGAGAAGACUCCAAGUCAGUGUCAGAGGCUGAUUUAUCAUCGAGGAGUAUGGAGGACAUGAACGGCAGUGGAAAGGAUGCGUCUGGCUCCCCGGUAGUCCCUAUAAAUGGUCAUGUUGACCUGAAGACCAGUCUGACCCCUCCUCUGAUCACCCACACUGCUGCCACCCCCAUGCCCGUUCCCAAGCUGCCCACCGUGGUUGACCCUGCUCUGGGCUGUGAGUCCCGACACGGCAGCAACGUCUCCAUGGACCUAGCCUGCUACGACAAGUCUCCGACCAGUGCCCGUAGCACCUCCCCUUACGCCCCGUGGAGCUCCGCCUCUGGCUGGACCAGCCGUAGAUCAAGCUGGAACAGCGUAGGCCGUGCUCCUUCGCUCAAACGAACAAAGCGUCAGUCUGGUGAACGGCGGUCGCUCCUCUCCGGAGAGGGUGGGUCCAGUUCGGAGGAUGAUGAGGGGGGAGGAGGGGGGACAUCGGAGGGAGAUGAUGUGUCCCUGUGUCGUACCGACUCCAUGUCCCAGUCCCAACACCAACACAGGAGGAUGGAGUCUGUGGAGACCAGGGAGUCCAUAGACCUGGCCCCUGACAUACUGCUACAGGUACCCUUCCUGUAUCGCUCAGCCAGUAUACACAGCUCCAGACCCCCCUCGCUAGGAGGCCUGAGAGCCCCAGAACGCAGUGACUGUAACGGGAAAGGCACUCCGGCCCCUGGGGGGGCCCUGGCCCAGACACAGCUCUCCCUCGAGGACAACACAGAGGAUGAAGCGGCAGAGGAGGAGGUUGUGGGUCGUGUCGCCAGGCUGUCACGCUGGCUGGAGAGGAAACAGCCAGAGUGGUGUCGAAAGAGAGAUACCUGGUCCCUGUACAUAUUGCCCCCGGACUCCAGGUUUCGAAUGGCGUGCAACAAGAUAAUAUCCCACAAGAUGUUUGACCACAUCGUUCUGGUCAUCAUCUUCCUCAACUGCAUCACCAUCGCCAUGGAGAGGCCUAGAAUAGAGGCAUAUAGCGUGGAGCGCAUCUUCCUCACAUUGUCCAACUAUAUAUUCACAGCGAUCUUUGUGGCAGAGAUGACAGUAAAGGUGGCUGCGCUGGGCUGGUUGUUUGGUGAUAAGGCCUACCUGAGGAGUAGCUGGAACCUUCUAGACGGGUUGCUGGUGAUGAUCUCAGCCAUAGACAUCCUUGUCUCAUUGGUGUCCAACAGCAGCCCCAAGAUACUGGGUAUGCUCCGGGUGCUGCGCCUGCUACGGACACUCAGGCCACUACGUGUGAUCAGCAGGGCCCCAGGUCUGAAGCUGGUAGUGGAGACUCUGAUGUCGUCUCUAAAGCCCAUAGGGAACAUUGUGGUCAUCUGCUGUGCCUUCUUCAUCAUCUUUGGUAUCCUGGGAGUACAGCUCUUCAAAGGGAAGUUCUUUGCGUGUCAGGGAGAGGACGUGAGAAACGUCACUAACAAGUCAGACUGUAUGAUGGCCAACUACAAGUGGGUCAGACAGCAGUACAACUUUGACAACCUGGCACAGGCUCUGAUGUCUCUGUUCGUGCUGGCCUCUAAGGAUGGUUGGGUUGAUAUCAUGUAUGAUGGAUUAGAUGCAGUGGGAGUCAACCAACAGCCGCAGCUGAACCACAACCCCUGGAUGCUCCUCUACUUCAUCUCCUUCCUGCUCAUCGUCAGCUUCUUCGUGCUCAACAUGUUCGUGGGUGUGGUGGUGGAGAACUUCCACAAGUGUCGUCGCAGCCAGGAGGCCGAGGAGGCCAAGCGCAGGGAGGAGAAGAGACUGAAACGGAUGGAGAAAAAGAGACGGAGUAAGGAGAAGGAGAUGGCUGGUCGGUAGUCUUUCCACAUCUUUUCUGAGUCCUGCUUGUUUUGGUUUGAUUCGCUUUGAUUUGACCAAAGCCAAGCGAUUGAGAGGGAACGCGCUAAACCUGAAGUCGCUGCUAUUUCUACUGUAGAAGUCCUUUUUCUUUCUAUGUUCUCCCCGCUAGUUGUCCUCUCUCUGCCUGGUGGUCAGCGGUCACCCAUUCUGGUCCUGGAGAGAUACUUUGGAUCCAAAAAGCCCACACACACCGAGUCUCUCUCCAGGACCGGAGUUGGUGCGCUGGUCUCGUAGAAUAGACACCCCGCCCCCUUUUCCUGCCUGGCCUAUCAUAGAGAGCAUACUUAUGACCGCCCCCUUGGAGCAUGCCCAGUGAGUACUGGUGGGCGGGACUUGCAUGAUGUGGCACUUCCACAGGUAGAGGGAGGGGGGUGGGGUGAGCGGAAGGUAACGCCCCCUUCUAUAUCCCAACUCCUUUCCUGCAUAUAGUUGUAGUACAGCCGGAGGGGUCGGUAGAACUACAAACCAAACUAGGAAGUACGUAGAUGCUGAUCUAGGGUCUGAUCUAAUGGCUUCCUUCAUAUAGUAAGGGUUAGGGUUAUACGAUGGUCAGCAGAUCCUAGAUCUGUCCCCACCGUCCCUCCAGCUGUACAGGAACGGGUUACCAGAUGCCCGAUGUCGCCUCUCUCUAUAGUAAUUCCACUGCCUUCGAACCCCAGACAUUGGACAAGAGAAGAGUGGAUAUUUCAGAAGCCAUAUUGGCUUUAGAGAUACUUUUGGUUCGAUAAAUCUAAGAUCAUUUUGAUAUUUUGUAAUCAGAUGUUGAUGGUAGUUGACACUGGGAAUGCAGAGAAAUACAGAUGGAUAUGGAGCUUCUCUUGGAGACGUGGUCACCAGUAACACUCCCAGUCACUCACACAGAACGAACACACAUUCAGUCACUCACACCCUCUCACACAAAUUCAGUCACUCACACAGAAUGAACACACAUUCAGUCAC